AUGCGGCCGGGGGCCGGGGCGGCGGCGGCGGCCGCGGGGGCCCUGGGGGCGGCGGCGGCCGCCGCGGCGAAGCUGGGCCUGGGCGCGGGCGGGGAGGCGGCCGGCGGCCCGCUGCCAGUGUUGCUUCGCCUCAGCUGUGUUGGCCUGGUGUUUGUGUUGAAUGCAGUGAUGUGGACAGUCUUCACAAAAGCCUUACGACUCUCCUCCUCCUCGGCUGCUGCAUCUGUGACAACAACAGCCUCCAACUUCAUCUCUUCAGCUGUGCUGGGAAAAUUGCUCUUCGGGGAGACAUGGACCCCUCUGUGGUGGGUCGGCCUCACCAUGACAGUCUGUGGACUCAUGCUGCUGCACAUGGCUGCACCCCAGCUAGUGCAGGUCCCAGCAGAGAAGAAGGAAUGAUAGAUGCUGGAGGGGUCACAGUGCCAUGCCACCCCUUUCCAGCCUGUCUUAUGACAACAUCCCCAGUCCCCACCAGCCUCUGAAGACAUCGGCCACCAAGCUGCUACCCUCUGCUCACUGCUCAUCUGCUGACUUGCAAAAUCACAUUGGUCACAUCUUUCCUGGUGUUGGUGUGGUGGCAGUGACAGCCUCAGAGGGAGCUGGUCAACUCUGAGUCAUUAUUGUGAAAAUUAGGGCCAGAGGCUUAUCAGCCACUCCUCCUCUUCACACCCUGUGGCUGUAGAGCUUUCCCAGUUUGGGGAAUGCUGAAAGUACAGGUGGUGGUUGUGGAAGGUGUUUGUUCAUCAGUAUUUUUCACAAAAGGACCUAUCCCAAAAUAGAAAAGCAAUCAGAUGCUGAAGGCAGCUGUUAUUCCUGCUCUGCUGUUCCUUUCUGUCUCUUGAAAUGAUUCUGUGCCCACUGCUAUCUGUUAGGCUGUGGAGACUUUCAUUAAUUCAGCUUCCUCUAUCACCUUACAACUUGCCAUUUGUAUCUGACAUCUAGAAUUUUUACUUACCCAUUCUUGACAUGUUAAUCACUGUAAGAGUGCUGUUCUUUCCUUUAAACCCUUACCCAGAAGAGGGUUUUGAUCACCAUUCCCGCUUUGAGUAGGUCAAACUAAUUUUGGGACAAUUCAACAGGCAACCUGUUUUCACUUGGAGUGUCCAUGUUCAAUACAUUCCCCAUCCCCACUCAAGUUGACAAUUGCUUUAAAGUUUGAUAAAAGGGAGUAUCUCAAGCCAUAUUCUUUCUACAUCUCUGGAUGAUGCUUGUUCUCAUUCAUGUGAUAUGAUGUGAUCAGCCAGGUCAGUGGUGUCAAGGUAUCUGGUAAAUUUUGCAUCAGUGAUUACUCUGUGUUCAGGUGUC